AUGAGUACAGUAGACAAGAUGCUGAUAAAAGGAAUCCGGAGCUUCGACCCGGAAAACAAACACGUCAUCACCUUCUUAAAGCCUCUCACUCUCAUCACGAUAAUAGAGUCCUUGAAAGUCGCAUGCACUGGAGAGUUGCCUCCAAAUGCUAGGUCUGGUCACAGUUUCAUUCAUGACCCUAAGGUUGCCGGUGAAACGGAGACGAAGGGGCAAAUUAAGUUGCGGUUUAAGACCGCAGCUGGGAAGGAUGUGGUGUGUAUAAGGUCAUUUCAGUUGACGCAGAAGGCGUCGAAAAUGGAGUAUAAAGCUAUUGAGAGUGUGCUUCAAACAAUCAAUCCACAUACCGGAGAGAAAGUCUGCCUUAGCUACAGAUGUGCUGAUAUGGAUCGAGAAAUUCCUGCAUUAAUGGGUGUCUCGAAGGCCAUUCUAGAAAAUGUUAUAUUCGUGCAUCAGGAUGAAGCUAAUUGGCCAUUACAAGAUCCUUCCACGUUAAAGAAGAAGUUUGAUGAUAUCUUCUCUGCUACCCGCCACUUUCUAGAGAAACAGGCUUUUGAGAGCACAUGGAUCCACCUGACAGUCUUCCAGCUAAAUGAUUUAUCUGUACAACCAUGGAAAUCUCAAGAAGCUAAUAAGAGUUUCUGCCAUGCUCAAUUGAGCAGAUAUACAAAAGCCUUAGAGGUCAUCAAAAAACUUCAUAAGGAUCAAGCUCAAGAGAUAAAGACAUACAAACUGAAAUUAGAGAAUCUUCAAACCUUGAAGGAUGCUGCAUAUAAGGUACUGUGGUUUGGGUUGUCUACUAUCAGAGACGAAGCAUGGGCGAAAUUGGGACAACUUCGGGAAAGCAUUGGUCAAGAUCAAGAGAAAACAGAAACUUUAAAACUCGAAAUUCAGGAGUUAGAAAGUAACCUUGAGAAUCUGGAUGCAAAAAUUCAUCAUACUGAAGUAACUCUGAAAGAUCUGAGAAAAUUACAGGACCAGAUAACAAUCAAGACUGCUGAAAGAAGCACUUUGUUCAGGGAGCAGCAGAGGCAGUAUGCAGCCCUUUCUGAGGAAAAUGAAGUUUCACGUCUAUGUGCUUAUUACCAUGCCUUUAGAACCAAUUCCUUGAGCGGUGAAUGGAGAUGCUGCAUUUCUGAAAUCAUUCCGUACUUAUUUUUCAUGUACAAUUCCCUCAAUGUUUCAGACACUGAUGAAGAACUACAGGAGUGGAAAACCAAGUUUGAUGAAAAGAUUGCAAGUUUGGAAUCGAAUAUCAGCAAAUUGGAGAGGGAAAUGAAUGACACGGAGACAAAGGGUUCUUUUCUUAAGCAAAACACUAAUGAGUAUAUCCGAGAGAUCAGCAGGCUUCAGACUGAAGCUGAGGCCCAUGCAUCCCUGAAGAAUGAAAGAGAUUCCACCAUCCAAAAAAUGUAUACAAGACAUAAUAUAGGUCCUCUUCCUAAUGCCCCAUUCAGCGAUGAUGUUGCUUUGAACCUCACAAAUAGAGUAAAAUCAAGGUUGGUGGAUCUUGAUAAGGAUCUACGAGAUAAAAAGACAUCGAAUGAUAAUGAAGUCAAGAGAGCAGAGAAUUGCUACUGGGAUGCCAAUGAACGUUGGAAAAAUACGGAGGCUCAAAAACAGGCUAAAGUAGAGAUAAAGAAUAGCAUUUUAAAUCGCAUUACGGAGAAGGAAAGGGAGCAUGCUUCAUUUGAUGAACAAAUUUCACAUGUUAAUCUCUCUCACAUUGAUGAAAAAGAAAAGAACAUGCGAAUUGAGGUUGAGAGAAAGACAAAUCAACUAUCUGAAAGAGAAUUUGAAUCACAAAUACGACAAAAGCAGAGUGAGCUGUAUGGCAUAGAGCAACAGAUUAAAGCUCUUAAUCGAGAGAAAGACAUUUUGGCUGGUGAUUCUGAGGACAGAGUGAAACUCUCUCUAAAGAAAGCAGAGUUGGAAAACCAUAAAAAGAAACAUCGAAAAAUAAUUGAUGAAUACAAAGAUAAAAUCAGAGGAGUGCUAAAAGGGAGGCUUGCUCCCGAUAAGGAUUUGAAGAAGGAAAUUACUCAGACCCUAAGGGCUCUUGGAUUGGAGUUUGAUGACUUGAAUAUGAAAUCCCGUGAAGCUGAGAAGGAGAACUUCUUAGGCUACUUUGGUUUAGGUUUUUUAAGGGUAUAUGUGUUUGGGGAGCAAAUGGAUGUAUUGCACGAGACUGGACAAGGCUUUCUCACGAGAGUUGGGGGGCGGAAAUCGGCUAGGAAGAGGUUUAUUGAAUCCAAACUCCAGUCCUUGGAUCAACUGUCAUUUAGCAUUGAUUUAUACCUCAAAGCGUUGGAGUCAGCCAAGGAGAAAAGAGAUGUUCAGAAAAGCAAGUACAAUAUUGCUGAUGGUAUGCGGCAGAUGUUUGAUCCUUUUGAACGUGUUGCCCGUGCUCACCACGUGUGCCCUUGCUGUGAACGCCCUUUCUCUGCUGAAGAGGAAGACGAGUUUGUUAAAAAGCAAAGAGUGAAAGCUGCUAGUUCUGCAGAGCAUAUGAAAGUGUUGUCUAUGGAAUCUUCAAAUGCAGACACUCUUUUUCAGCAGUUGGACAAGCUUCGUAUGGUUUAUGAAGAAUAUACCAAAAUUAGCAAGGAAACUAUUCCUCUUGCUGAGAAAAACUUGCACGAGCUAACUGAAGAGCUGGAGCAAAAGUCUCAAGCCCUUGAUGAUUCCUUUUAUUCUAUAAUUCUCCUGUCACUUCCAAUUGCAUAUAGUAUCAUUGCAGCUAGUCAAUAUGAUGGGCCUCAGAACUCAGAAGUGUUGGGUGUUUUGGCUCAAACCAAGGCUGAAAAGGACUCAGUUGAGGCCUUGGUGCAACCUGUUGAAACAGCUGAUAGGCUUUUCCAAGAAAUUCAGACUUGGCAAAAGCAAGUUGAUGAUUUGGAAUAUAAGCUUGAUUUUAGAGGGCAAGGUGUAAGAACUAUGGAAGAAGUUCAGUCAGAGCUGAGUAGUUUGCAGAGCACAAAGGAUAAUUUGCAUAAUGAAGUGGAGAAGUUAAGGGAUGAACAAAGGUACAUGGAAAAUGAUUUGUCACAUAUUCAAAUUCGGUGGCACGCUCUGCGGGAGGAGAAAGUUACAGCAGCUAAUAUGUUGCGUGAUGUUAAAAAAGCAGAAGAAGAGCUAGAACAUUUGGCAGAGGAAAAACGUCAAGUUGAGCUGGAUGAGAAGAAUAUGCAAGUGCGGGUGUAUAAACUUGAGUGUAAACUCUUUAGGAAUGGUCUGUAUGCUAGGAAAUAUCUUCUGGUGGUCUAUGCUGUGAGAGAUUUGUCUGAAUGCUUAAUGCUGCGACUUUCUUGGGGUGGUGCACAUUUGGCAGAGGCUCUUGCUCCUUUAUCUAGGGAGAAAGAAAAACUACAGGGUGAACACAAUGAGUUGAAAAUCAAACUUGAGCAGGAAUAUGACGAACAAAAAAAACAACUAGAUGGCUUUCAGCAGGAGGUUGACACACUUAAUAGAAUUGCAUCCAAAAUUAGAGAGUAUUAUAAUUUAAAGAAAGGUGAGAGAUUGAAAGAAAUUCAGGAAAAACUAUCUUUAUCUGAGUCCCAACUUCAAAGUUGCGAUGCUAGGAAGCAGGAAAUUUUAGCUGAACUCAAUGACAGUAAAAACGCAGUGCGAAGUCAAGAUAACCUUAGAAGAAGUAUUGAGGACAACUUGAAUUACAGGAAAAUAAAGGCUGAAGUGGAAGGGCUUACCCAGGAGAUUGAAUCACUGGAGGAGAGAAUACUGAAGAUUGGUGGGUUUUCCACAUUUGAAACCGAACUUGCAAAGCUUUUACAGGAAAGAGAGAGACUUCUUUCGGAGGUUGUGUCAGAACCUGCUGUGUUGUUCCGUACAUUGAUCGUUCAGUUUACCUCAUCUGCCUUUGCAUUCUUGGCUACUAGAGAAUUAGGAAAUGUCUCUAAGCGUUUUAUCAUGUAUGGGGUUGCUGGUUUGAACCUGGGAUGCCUACUGUUAAACAGGUUCCGUGGAACAAUGUCUGUUUACCAGAACAAUAUUUCGAAAAAUAAAAUUGAUCUCAAACAGGCACAAUACAAAGAUAUUGAUAGACGAUACUUUGAUCAGUUGAUCCAGCUAAAGACUACUGAAAUGGCAAACAAGGACCUGGACAGAUACUACAAUGCACUUGACAAGAUUCACUGCCUCUUUGUGGUUAGGGCACUCAUGCGCUUCCACACAAUGAAAAUGGAGGAAAUUAAUAAAAUCAUUCGGGAAUUGUGGCAACAAACAUACAGAGGACAGGAUAUAGAUUAUAUUAGCAUACAUUCAGAUUCUGAAGGUGCUGGGACUCGUUCUUACAGCUACAAGGUUGUCAUGCAGACAGGUGAUGCAGAGCUUGAAAUGAGAGGAAGGUGUAGUGCUGGUCAGAAAGUCCUUGCUUCACUUAUUAUUCGGUUGGCUUUAGCGGAGACAUUUUGCCUCCACUGUGGAAUAUUAGCUCUAGAUGAACCUACAACAAACUUGGAUGGCCCAAAUGCUGAGAGUCUUGCUGCAGCUCUUCAUAGAAUCAUGGAGGAUAGAAAGGGCCAGGAGAAUUUUCAGCUGAUUGUAAUUACUCAUGAUGAGCGCUUUGCUCAACUUAUCGGUCAACGGCAGCAUGCAGAAAGAUACUAUCGAGUCGCAAAGGAUGAUCAGUAUGGCUAUUCAAUCACCGGCUCUAAUCUGCUUUAG